AUGUCCCGAUACUACCGGGACAACAGCGACUCGGACGAUAACCACUACAAACGAACUACAGUUACACGAUACAAGGUCGCCCCUGAAAGGCAUAGCGAGCGCUACCAGCGGACGGAAAGAGUCGAAGUCGACGAGGAUCGCCGCUCAAAGUAUUCUGCACGUAAUUCUGGAGACAUUAUGGAGACGCGAGGGCCCAUGCCAGAUCAUGCACGUCCGGUCCAAGAGCCCUACGACGCAGAUCGGUCGCGAAUGGUGUUUUACGAAAAGGAUGUCGAGCGUGACAACCGCCGAGAUCCGGAUCGGUCUCGUAUCACCGUGUACGAAACCAAGGAAACCGAUCGGGAGUGGGACAAGCGGUCGCGCCAUGGUCGCCCCGAGGAGGAGCUCAGAAUCGAGAAGCGAGUCGAGGAGCGGUUUGACGACGACCGUGGCUACGACGUUGAGCGAUAUCGCAAGGAGACCGAGUACUAUGUUCCGCAGUCGCCUCCUCCGCCACCAGUCAUUAUCCGUCAACAGUCGCAGGAGCCGCAGAAAAUAAUUGUCCAGGAUGCUCCACCGGCACCCAUCAUUGUGCCCCGUCAGCAACCGGGCGUCGUCGUGCUGCGGGAUCGAGAGACUGACCGCGAAAUGGCUAGACGUGAUCGUGACGGCUAUGAGGAUGACUACUACUAUCGCUAUGAUCGUCGCGAGGUCGGUCCGUACCGAGGCGAUCGUGAAAGAGACUAUGCCAUGGCUCGGUACGAGCGUCAUCCAAGACACGACGACUACUACAGCGAGGACGACGAGUAUUACUACCGUCGCACCGUACGACGCGAUGGCAGCGAAAGCCCCCACCACAAGCGGCAUCUCGCUGAAGGUGCCCUCGCCGGCGCCGGUAUCUCGGCCAUUCUCAGCAGCCGCCGCGACGCUUACGGGGACUUGCAGGAAAAUCGUGGUCGCAAGGUCCUGGCCGGCGCCGCCCUUGGCGCCCUGGGAACCGAGGUUGCGCGCCGCGCGCACAGCGCCUACGAGGAGAGGUUUGGUCAUGACCGUGAAUCUGUCGACCAUCAUCAUCACCUGGUCAAGAAGGGUCUCGGUGUCGCCGCGGUGGCCUUGGCCGCUGCCGGCGCCGCCAAGUACUUCCAAGCCAACAAGAUUGAAAAGGAGGAAGCCCACCGCGGCCGCAGCCGCACUCGCGGCUACUACUCUGGUGGCGAUGAUUACUCUAGUUCUGCGUCCCCGAGUUAUCGUGUGUCUCGUGUGUCUCGGUCGCGCAGCAGGAGCAAACGACGAAGCCUUUCCACAGUGGCCAAGGCUGCCUUGGGCACUGCUGCCACCGCGGGCAUCAUCAAGCACAUCCGAGACAAGUCAAAGUCCAAGUCUCGGGACCGCAGCCGCUCCAGGAGCAAGUCUCGUCUACGCCGGGCGGCAGAGAUUGGGGGUGUCGCCGCCGCCGCAGGUGUGGCAAACAAGCUGUGGAACGACCACAAGGAGAAGAAGGACAGGAGCCGAGAUUUGAGCGAGAGCGGCGAUGAUGACUACUACCGCCGUCGACGCUCGACGAGUGGACGCAGACGAAGCCCCAGCGGGAGCUUAGUUGAAUACGGGACCGAUCCCUUGUAUCCCGCAUCCCGAGUCGCACCGGCGCCGAGAGACCUUGACCCAGAAGCUGAAGACAGGAGAGCAGAGCGACGCAGGCGACGGAGACGGGAUCCGUCCGUCUCAUCCGGAUCCGAUAGUGAACACGUGAGGAGGAGCAGAAGCAGAAGCAGACUAAGAGGCAUGGCAGAAGCAGGUGCUGCCGCCAUCGGCAUCAAAGAGUUCAAGGACAGACACGAUACAAAGCAUAAAGAGAGGAGAGAACGAAGGUCGAGGUCGAGGUCAAUAGACCACCACAGGAGAGGUCAUGAUGAAGGCUCGAGGAUAGGAGACUCGAGGAGAGAUUAUUUCGAUGAUGCCGUGCCGAGACCACACUCACCACCAACCGCAUCUGGCGGCGCUUACUAUCCUCCAUACUCCCCAACACCAGGCGGUCCCCCGAUGGCACCCGCUGACAACUAUGUCCCCUACCCGGAAUCGCACGGCAGCGCACCGUUGCGCAAGGAAUACAAACCUUAUGUGCCGCAAGACUACACAGGCGGAUUAUCCGCCUGGACCGGCUCCGCCUGGACCUCCCCCGCCGCCCGCAGGCCCGCCCCCGACUGGUGGGAAUCGUCCACCAGAUCAUAUGGUGUAAAUACAUGGUAUGCUCACGACAGGGGCGACAGCCCGCCGCCGACAUCCAAAUCAGUCUCUUUCAUCCCCCUGUCACCCAAAAGUUCUAGAACAAUGGAACGACAUCACAGAGAGCACGCAGACGCUUCAGAGGGCGAGGCCUCCCGACAGCCACCAAACAAUGAUGACGACGCCAAGGACGACGCCAAGGACGACGCGCCCACUGGAAGGACCCUUGUCAACGCAAAUCAUGGCCGUCGGUCAUUGGACCAGACUCGCUCCCGUCCUCUUAUCCGCAAAGCCAGGCGUUUCGGAGAUGACUCCCCCUCGGACUCGGAUGGCCACGUCGAAAGCUUACCGGAUCGAUUCGACUCUCAAGGAAGGCCGUUGGAUGGACGGUCCCGAAGCGCAGACCACUGGACUACAAGGAGAGGCACGUUUCGCCGAGCGCCGCAGCGCGCCGGGGGGUGGGACGUCCGGGGAGCAUGGGAAGUUGGCGGCACAGACAGCGAAGCUGUUGAGCGGCUAGUGGCGAGCUUCACCAGCGCCCUGGACGGUCGACGGAGCUGGACGGGCGUGUUGGGGGACGUGCUCGGGUCAAGCUUGAUGCCGGGAAUCCGGGGGGUGCAGGGAGGUGGCAGCCGUGCUUGGUAG